UUGUUUGGACCGGGCUUGUUUAAUGUAAUCUGUAAAGUCUUAAGGUUGAGAUUUUAAGAUUUAUGAUUUUAGUUUACUGAAAGAGUUUUGAACCGAUAGGAUGUGUGUUUGUGAAUAAGGAGACGAGAGGAGGACACUGUUUAAGUUUGGAUGUGGCACUGUGAAAUCUUACCAUAAUUGAGAGUAAUUAACAAAUUGGUAUACUGUGAAACCGUUCCAUGAAUGAGAGAAAGACGCGACAAGUUAGAGAAGGUACCCGACACCUUCAGCCGCCUUCAAAGUGACGAUGUGAAAUAGCAUAAUGAAGCAUCGAGGAAAAAUAAUUCCCUUCCCAGAAUUUGGUAGUUAAAUGACUCACAGGGAAUACAUCAAAAAUGUCCGUAUUCACAAUUAUAUAUAAAUGUGUUAAAAGAACCUAGAAAAAAAGUGCCAUGGAUCUAAGCCAGACUUUGCCAGGGGACAAAGACAAUGGUGAAGAAAACAAUCAAACACUUGGAAAUCGAAAGUGUACAAUGUGCGAUUACCAGACAAGUUCAUUCAGUGGACUGCAACAGCAUUUAAUAUCACAUGCGCGCAAACAUUUGAUCAAAUGUGCGUUGUGUGGGAACCAUUACAAGGACUACGUAAAAAUGGUAAAACACAUGGAAUUCAAGCAUCCACACUGUAGAAUAUACAAAUGCAUAUUUUGUUCCAAAAAGUUUGUAGAUGAAAAGGAUCUAACUGAGCAUAUCCAAACACACCCGGAUAGAAAGUACUUUCAAUGCCCAAACCCUGCAUGUCCAGAGCAAUUUACAAAAUUGAUUGAAAUGUAUGAACAUAUGAAGGGAGACCAUGAUCUUUACAAAGACGAAAGUUUUGACAAUCCACAGAUAGUUAUUGAGAUUGACACUGACAAUGAAUAUGACGAUUUGUGCAAAACUGACGGGUUAAGAUCAACAUUGGAAGAAGUUAAUAAGUUUAAUUGCAUAACUUGUGACAUGAAAUUAAACACAGAAGACGAGUAUCGGCAGCAUUUGAUAGCUCAUGAAAUUGUUCAGAAGAAACAGAAGAAAGCAACGAAAGAAAAACCGGGAUAUCAAUGUCAGAUUUGUUCCAUGUUUUUUGUAUCAAAAGUAAGGCUUAACAACCAUUUAAAAUUGCAUCAGCAUUGCUUCAAGUGUAUGUUUUGUGACAAACUUUUAAACAGCAUGAAAAAGAUUGAGACACACGUGAGUUCUUCGCAUCAGAGAAAAUUAGCCAAGCUGGGACCAAAUGUUCUGCCAUACAUUGAGGUUAAAUAUGAUGACUUGGUGAUAGCUGGAAACAAUGAACAGUUUAAUAUGAUCAAUAAGACCAAAGCAAUCGUUCCUGACAAGAAAGCUAAGAAAAAUAAUAUGCAACAAUCCCAGAGCAUUCCCACCCAAAGCACAAUAGCAAUGCCAUCAUGCAUUGUAAAUGAUUACAAAAAUAUUUUGCACAAUGAUUCUAAAGUUCAGAGCCUUGAAAAUGCUCCUCACGAGCACCAUUUAAGCCAUAGUGAUCUUGCUGUCACAGAAGAUAAACUAAUGUUAGCGAACGCGAAGGAAACAAUUGAAGUUGAUUUGACAAAGGUGAAAAUUGAACCAGACAUAACAGCAGGUUCACAAUUGAUGGUCAAAGAACAAAAGACAGAACAAAGUCAAGGAGCAAGAAACGGAUCGAAAAGGAAGGGUAGUCCAACAAAAUAUAUAAAACGAAACAGUGCCUGGAAUGACAAAAGUGAGUUUGAAACAGGAGAGUCUGAAAUUAAGGCUGAAGUGCAAGAACAAGAUAAUGAGUAUUUUAAAGCUGGAAUUGUUUCAAGUCUAAACAAGAGGGCACGGAUUGAUUUACUGUUUGAAGAAGCCGGAAAAAUGCGUGUGGAUAACUUCAAUAAAUAUGGACCUGAGAGGCAGUACGAUGAUAUGGCGAAUUGUGGGGAGGAGCACACGCAGUAUAUAAACGAAAUAGCAGGAACUGUGAAACAAUUUAUCUGUCCUGUUGAAGGUUGUGGCAAGCCGUUCUUGAAAGAGAAGAAUCGAGAAAAACACAUAUUGAUUAACCAUUCAGGAAUGAAGCCAGAAUAUUUCUGUAAGGCGUGCGAUAAAUACUUCCUAAGAAAGAAAGAGUAUCUGAUUCAUAGACGGAUCCAUGAGGAUAAGAAAAUGGUUGAAUGUCCUUAUUGCAACAAAAUGUACUCUGGGGGAACAAACUUGAAAGCUCAUAUUCUAACUCAUACAGGUAAAAGACCAUUUGAAUGUAAAAUUUGCAAGAGAUGCUUUACACAGAACAGUUCUCUGCGAAGACAUCUUGUUACGCAUACGGGAAUAAAACAGUUUGAAUGCAAAUUUUGCGGGAAGCCAUUUGCUCGAUACGAUGACUUGAAGACACACACACGAAUACACACCGGAGAGAAACCAUACGUGUGUGAAGUGUGUGGAAGAGCAUUUACACAAAAUGGACCGUUAAUAAAGCAUAGGGAAAUUCAUGAAAAAGAAGGGCGUAUGUCACCAGAGAAAUCAAAAUUAAUACGACGAACAUUGCCGAGGUAUCCAUUUGAGAAAAGAAUGGAUGGAGAUAAUCAAACCGAUAUAGCUGAUAGCGGUUUUCUUACAAAGGUUGCCUCUGACAGUUCCUUGUAUCAGAUCAGUAAUUCAAGCUUAACAGAUAGUUUUGAAAGUGAAAAUAUGUCGGACAGAUCUUUUGAUAACAAUGGAAGUGGCACUGAUGAACUAAAUGGUAUUGGAGUGAAUUUUAAAAAUCAGGAAAAUAAUAGUAAAACUGCAAGUAGCAUAUUUGAAGAAUUUAAGUGGGUACUGGUUGAAACGGAUGACUUUAAAAACGACAGUAGUUUGAGUUUCCUCACUGAAAGAAAUACUAGUUCCAAAGAUGAGCCGAAUAAAGGAGUAGCUAGUUCCGUUUUAGAAGUACAACCAAACAAUGGAAAUAAUGAAGAAGUUGUAAAACAAGACAUUGACAAAAAAGAAUGUAUGGAUAAUUCAGAGUCUGAUUCUAUGCAUACGAAUGAAAACGUAAGCAAAAACAAUGAAUAUUCUCAGUUAAUAAACACUGAUGAUGUUGAUCAAGGGUGUGAAAAUAGUUCUUUUAAAACAAAUGAACACAUUGAGAAAAUGGACAGAAAUGAUGGAAUUGGGAAAACAUGUAUUAAAACUGUGAACAAUACGCCAAAGAGCUGCAAUUUCUCAGAUGCUGGACCUGGAGAUGUUGAAAGGAAAACUGAAUUAAAUAGAGACCGCGAAAUGAAAAAAAUAAACAAAAUAGAAGAAAAUAAAAAUCAGUUAGUCGUAGAAUUUGCAGGUGACAGACGUGAAGGAAGAGAACAUAACAAAGAGGGAGUGAAAGAAGAUAAGAAUGCACCAAACAAUAAUAGAAAAUCAAGAAGAAAAAGGUUAACGAAAUUGUUUAAUUGCGAAAGAUGUCCCUUACAAUUUACUUCUCUUAUGCAACUGAGAAAGCAUUUGCCUUCGCAUGUGCAAUAUAUAAACGGACAACAAGAGGAGAAUGAAACUGAAAGUUGUGGAAUAAAAAAUAAAAUAAGCAAUAAGGAUCAAACAAACACUUUGGUCGAAGAUGACCACCAAGUUGAGAAGCAUGUGACAGAAGUUAAAGACGAAGAACAAACAGACACUCGGGUCGAAGAUGAAUGCAAGGUUGAAAACCAUAUGUCAGAAAUGAAAGACAAAGAUCAAGCAGACACUUUGGUUGUAUAUGACCGCAACGUUGAAAAACAUCCAACAGAAGUUAAAGACGAAGAACAAUCAGACACGCUGGUCGAAGAUGACUUCAAAGUUGAAAAGCAUGUGACAGAAGUUAAAGACGAAGAGGAAACAGACACUCUGGUCGAAGAUGACUGUAAAGUGGAAAAGCAUGUAAUAGAAGUUGACGACAGAGGUCAAAUAAACACCCUGGUCGAAGGUGACUGCAAGAUUGAAAAGCAUAUGACAGAAGUUAAAAACGUAGAACAAACAUACUCACUGGCUAUAGUUGACCGCAUGGUUGAAACGCAUGUGACAGAACUUAAAAACGAAAACGAAUCAGACAUACUAGUGGAAAAUGACUGCAAAGUUGAAAAGUAUGAAGCAGAAUUUAAAGACGAAAAACAAACAGACACAUCUCUGGCUGACGAUGACCACAAAAUUGAAAAGCAUGUGACAGAAGUAAAAGAUGAAGAACAAACAGACACGCUGGUCGAAGAUGACUUCAAAGUUGAAAAGCAAGUAUUAUAUGUUGAAGAAAAUGAAAUAGAGUCAAAUAAGCAUCUUUAUGUCGAAACAUGUAAGCUAGUCAAAGAUGAUGAAUCAACUGAAGUUCUUGUAGAUGCAGCAUAUGACAUUAAAACCAAAAGCAUGACAAAUGAUAAUAAUAACACUUUUGCUAUUGGUGAUUGCACUAAAGAUAAAGCUGAAAUUUUAAAUCUGAUAAUUGAAAACAAAGGUGCUAAAACUUCUGCUAUAUGGGAUGAUUCCAAUAAAGUAAGAAAAGACUCUUCUAAUGUUGUUCUUGAGGACAAAGAUGUUAAACAAGACACCGAAGAAUAUGAAAUGUCCCAAGAAGUAGAAUAUGACGGGAAAGUUCAAAACGGUCAAUGCGAAGUUGAUAGCAGAAGUGUGAUAUAUAUCAAUGACGUUGAAGAGAAUAAGGUUGGAUUUGCAAGGGAAGACAACUUAGCAGUUAAGACUGGAGUUAAACAAGGGAGUGCGGAUUUUACAAAUACUAAUAGUGCCGAUGUUGAGCAAACAGUCAUAAGUAUCGUAAAUAAAGUAGCUCAACCGAGAUAUUCAUUAUUCGUGCCUUUAAGUCCUCAGUUUCAGAAAAGAGCACCAGUAAAGGAAACCAGUAAUAAUAAGAUGGGAGAAGAAAAGAGGCAAAGGCGUAGAUGGUCAAGACGAAUUCCUAAUGCCUAUAAUACGCCUGGGAGUCAUAAAUGUAAUGUCUGCAAUCGCGAAUAUCACUACCUUGGUACGCUUGAAAAACACAUGAAGAUUUGUAGUCGUAAUAGGCCGCACAAAUGUCCGCAUUGUGAUAGACUCUUUAAACAAAAGUAUACUCUCGAAAGGCAUCAGCUUGUCCAUACGCAGGAACGACCGUUUUUGUGUAGGCUCUGCACCAAAGCGUUUUCGAGAUUUCAAGAUUUGCAAACUCAUGUAAGGGCUCACAUAGGAGAAAGAUUGUAUGAAUGUGAAAUAUGUGCAAAGAAAUUCACACAAUACGGUCCCCUACAAGAUCAUCUGAAUAAGAAACACGAGGGAGCAAAAGUUAAAAUACGACGGAAGCAGUCAAUGCUUUUCCAGUCUGAGAAAUCUGACAGCAUGAUGUACCGGAAAAUAAUUACUGAGCAAGACCUGUGGAGAGAGACGUUUGAAAAGUUGAGAAUGAAAAAGAAAUGGGAUAAGAAAUUGAAAUUACAGAAAGAACAGGAAGAGAAGGAGAAAGAGGAAGCAGCAAAGCAACUGAAAUUGCUGGAAGAAAAGAAAGCGGAAGAAAAAGCUGCAGCGAUGAAAAGUCAUCAAAGUAAAAUGAAAGAAGUUCCCUUGUAUGAGAGGGAAAGGAGAAGAAAGAAUAUCUAUCCUAAUCAACUUGUUAGGUCGGAAGAAAGAACCGCAGAAAUUAAUGAAAAAGGUAAUCAUGAAAUUAAAGACGCUGAAACGCGUAUUAUAGAUAUGAGCCUUGGCGUUAGCACUGUAGCAAGUGGAAUUGCAAAUACCGGAUUAAGUACUACAAAUAGUGCACUUACACCCAGUAAGGUCACUGGUGGGUUUAGAGAGAGCGAUAGAAACAGAGCGCUCAGUAUCAACAAUUUUAAUAGCAGGAAUAACUUAAACUGUAUAGAUAUUGAAAAACGUCCAGAUAUUCAGGCUGUUGAAAAUCUCAGUGACAGUGGGUACAACUCGCCGGAAUUUAAUCCUCUGUCCAUGGGGCAUACUUUUGUUACCCGCAUUACACCCGAAACGUUCCAUUCACAGAAACCGGAUUACGAGAUAACUAUAAAUGAUUCUAAUGAUGGUGAAGAUAUUAACAAAGUGAUGGGCCCUCAACAAUUUGACAACAUUGCAGCAGUAAAUGGGAGCAUGGGUACACACCUUAAGAAGCAAGUUGAUGAAUUAGAUUACACCCCUUUCCUGCUCCAAAAGUCAAAAGGAGGUUAUCGCCAGAAACAUGGCGAAACCACCUUGAACCACACAGUCAAUGAAACUGCCUUAAAUCACACAGCCAAUGGAACGAUCUUGAACAAAACAGCCAGUUACAACACCUUGAACCACACAGCCAGUGAACAUACCAUAAACCUCAUGACCGUUAAAACCACCUUAAAUCACGCAACCAGUGUGCAUACCUUAAACCAAUCAGUUGAAGAAACCAACUUUAACCACACAGCCAGUGUAUAUGCUUUAAACCACACAGUCGGCGAUACCACCAUGACCCACACAGCCGGCGAUACCACCGUGAACCACACAGCUGGUGAAACCACUAUUAACCACAAUGCCGUUGAAAAUACUAUACCUCGGGAACAGGGGCCUAGGAUAGGCAUGACUGCCUUGUCCACAUCGACGAUCAGUGGAGAACAAACCUCCUUUACUUCGAAUACAGGUAUCGGUCCAUCCUCUAAUGAACAGAUAAUGCAUGGUAAUUACACGGUCACAUCAGACGAAGCUGAAAGCAAUGGCGAUCUUUUCACCAAGCAGUGUGAGGAGUUAUACCUACCACCGAUAAUGACAACCAAAUACAAGGCCAGAGAUUGUCCUAUCUGUCACAAGACAUUCACAACAAGAUCAAACCUGAUGUGUCAUUUAAGAGUUCAUAGUGGGGAUACACCGUAUAAAUGUCCAUCAUGUGAUAGGGAAUUCAACCAAAGUGGGUCGUUGCAAAGACACAUGACAACGCAUUCAGAUAUACGACCGCAUGUCUGUUCGUAUUGCGGUCGAGGAUUUGCUAGAUUUGCAGACUUGAGGGUUCAUUUAAGAACUCACACCGGCGAAAAACCUUAUAAGUGUCAGUUCUGUGAGAAAAGCUUCGCUCAAAAUGGACCGUAUAACACCCACCUGAAGACGAUACACAGAAUUGACCUUGACCGAAAUAAGGGCGUUAAUCCUGUUCUGUGUUAAGACAUUCAACGAAAUACACCAAUCUUUAAUAGCAUUAGAAGGUAGUUCACCAUGUUAAGUGUUAGGACAUUCAACAAAAUAUACCAAUAUUUAAUAGCAUUAGAAUGUAGUUCACCAUGUUAAGUGUUAGGACAUUCAACAAAAUAUACCACUAUUUAAUAGCAUCAGGAGGUAGCUCAAAUGUUGCGAGAAAUUGGGACCUGGAGUUUUUAGUGUUAUGUUUCCAGAUAAUUUAUGUUUAUCUUCUUUAACAUACUGUUUUCCGUUUUUUUCUCUUAUAUUGUUUUGCAUGACCUGAUGUUCGUUUAGAAUUGUUGCACGACCUGAUGUUCGUUUAGACUUGUUGCAUGACCUGAUGUUCGUUUAGAAUUGUUGCAUGACCUGAUGUUCGUUUAGAAUUGUUGCACGACCUGAUGUUCGUUUAGAAUUGUUGCAUGACCUGAUGUUCGUUUAGAAUUGUUGCAUGACCUGAUGUUCGUUUAGAAUUGUCGCAUAACCUGAUGUUCGUUUAGAAUUGUCGCAUAACCUGAUGUUCGUUUAGAAUUGUCGCAUAACCUGAUGUUCGUUUAGAAUUGUCGCAUAACCUGAUGUUCGUUUAGAAUUGUCGCAUGACCUGAUGUUCGUUUAGAAUUGUCGCAUAACCUGAUGUUCGUUUAGAAUUGUUGCAUGACCUGAUGUUCGUUUAGAAUUGUUGCAUAACCUGAUGUUCGUUUAGAAUUGUUGCAUAACCUGAUGUUCGUUUAGAAUAUAUUUUUAUAAAGGAUAGUAAUUUUUAGUUUCCGUGUAUUAUUGUUUCGCAUUACAAGAUGGUCGUAUAGAGUAAAUGUUUAUGCAGGAAAGUUAUAUUAGUUUUCAUAUUAUAUAAGUAAGUAAUGAUAGCAUUGAAAUAUAAGCAAAGUAGUGAUUCGAUUACUUUUAUAUAUUAUUGGUAUUUUUUUGUUAUUGCUGUUUGUUAAGCGGGUGAGUUUCGAUUACAUCAGUAAUGUUAGCACUCAGUAUUAGCUAAGUAGUAAUUCGUUACUGUGGCAGUGCCCUUUUUACAGUAUUUAUAUUUGUUUGGAAUUUGAACAUGAAGACGUAAAACACAAUAUUUCCAGAUAGCAAUUAAAACAUUAGGAGCUAAGGAGAGAGGCAUUGUUAUUUGUUUUUCUUAAGGUUUCUCCUCAAUCCGUACGUUAUUAUUUAAUGUUAAAAGGUUACAAGUAUGCAUUUACCAAACUAAUAGGCCUAGAGUGUCGUAGAGGCCUGGCCCUUUUAUUUGAUAAAUGCUUACUAAUUGUAACAUUGUAGCUGACUGAGUGUUUGAUAUUAUAUUUUGUCUAAUAACCCAGCCUCUGUUUAAAUUUAACUGGUGAACAUCAAAAACGGCUGAUUGUUGAUUUACCAUCCUUUUAGACAAAAUAUAAUCUCGAACACCAAUUAUGAAACAUUUGUCGUUCAAUUUAGUUCAUAAAAUACAUAACUUCUUACGCGUUACCAAUGUGUAAUACAUUGGCAUCGUAUAUUAAAAGGAGUUGACACCGGGUCAAACAAUUGCAAGAAAAAACAAAGAAAAUUGUUAAACACUUACAUAAAAUGGACAUAGUUGUGUACAACACAAUAAAUCGUACUUACUGAUGUAUGACAUUGCUUACGAAACGAGCAUCUCUUGCAGUGUUUGCGCAUUUUUCCAAUUCGAAAUUCACUGGAGUUGUUCACAGAUAUGGUUGAAUUUUUUAAACGGGAAAACUCAUAUGAGACAGCAACAGGAUGGUUGCGUUUAUUUUUUUAAUAAUGUGUUAUCGGCAACCUACUAGCUCGCAUGGACAAGUCUAUAUGAUUGUUUUGAGGGAAUACUGUAUUUGCCGAUUUUUGGACCAUCUGGUGUCUAGUCCCUUUAAGUUUAAACAUUUUUUUAAACGCAGUAGUCUGAAUCAGUGUGUUUAUUAAUUGAUGGGAUUACGUUAAUUUUACAUCGCACGAUCCUGCUGUUUUUCAUUUUUAGAUCCCACUGUUCGCAUAGCAGCAUGCACUUGUAUUAUAUUUAGCCUUUUUAUCUCAAAAAGUAUAACGUUUUUUCCAUGUUUUAUUUCCUUGUUUUUAUUGAUUGAUAUACCCUUAGCAUUUUCUAAAUACAUCCCUGUUUUAAUUAACCAGUGUCUGCUCAUUAUUUUAUUUCCCUACGGUUAUCAGUUUUUGCUACAACGUUGAAGUUGUCGUCUGUAAUCAUUCAGUAUCAUUCAGUAUCAUUUACCAACAAACAAAUAGAAAUACAUUCCACUUAAAGACACACGUAUUGAAAGGGGUACAUUUUAGAGGACCAAAUCAUUUUGAUUUAGAAAUGUGUUAUCAGUUAUACGCGUAUGAACAAAGUUAAGGGUCUUCCACAGUGCAAAAGUGGGUGGGGAAGGAAAAAAAGUACGUUUCAAAAGUUUAUGUUUGAGUCAGUUUUGAGGAACGAUCUUUUUCGGGAGUAAAUCAAACUUCCCUUGUGACAUGGUUUUGGAUAGUAAGGAGUUGGCAAAGUUUUACGAAAGAAGAUUUUAUAAGGUUUAAGAUAAAAAAAAAUUCGCAUUUUUUCGGAAAUGUAUGUUGUCAAUAUAACGUUGUUUUGUGUCAAAAUGCAACAUAUUACUUAAUCAACAAUGUCUCGCGGGGUUUUGAUGAUAUACACAAAAACAAUGAAAAAUAGUGGAUUAAAUUCAUUUCCUGGCUACAAGUGUGCGAAUAACUUUCUUAAAAUAAAUGCAAUCACCACAAAGCUUAAAGAUAUUGCUGAUUAGGUAGUACUGAUUAUUUUGACAAACACAUGUCCGUUUUGUAUACGUUUUUGAUGAUAUACACAAAAAUAAUGAAAAAUAGUGGAUUAAAUUCAUUUCCUGGCUACAAGUGUGCGAAUAACUUUCUUAAAAUAAAUGCAAUCACCACAAAGCUUAUUGCUGAUUAGGUAGUACUGACUAUUUUGACAAACACAUGUCCGUUUUGUAUACGUUUUGUAUACAGACAUUUCUGGGAAAAUGUGAAUGCUUUUUGCAUGGAAAUCUGAUAAAGUUUUCCUUUGUAAUCUUUUCUCAUCUCCUUGCAACGUUAAAAUGUAUUAUACUUGCUAAAUAUUGUACCUUAAAACUAUUUAAAAAUGAUUUUUUAAGCAAGUAUUUGUUUUGUCUCUCAAACGACUUUUGGACUGUGGUAUGUCCUAAAUGUAAUUCUUGACACAUUUAAAUGCAAAUAGUGUAUUAUUUAAAAUUAUUCCAAAAUCAAAUGAAAAACAUUUGCAUUGAAAGACACCUUGGACCGUAUUCAAUAAACAACUUAUAUUGAACUUAAAACUAAGAUUAGAAACUUAGUGUUUUGAUUAGCCUGUAUUUUUAGCUGACCAAUAUUGGAAUCACUGAGGCAUGUCUAAUGAUAAGGAUAAGAUCAAUAUUUAAUACUGGCCCAAGCUGUAAUGUGAUAUCUUUAAAAAGACUAAAUAGUUUUACUUUAUGUUUUGAUUGGCCUGUAUAUUUAGCUGACCAAUAGGCUGCAUGGAAUCACUGAGGCAUGUCUAAUGAUAAGGAUAAGAUCAAUAUUUAAUACUGGCCCAAGCUGUAAUGUGAUAUCUUUAAAAAGACUAAAUAGUUUUACUUUAUAAAAUUUUAGUGAAUUAUAUGUAUUGAAAGAUAUGAAUACGUGUAUAGUUAUUUUGUUUAUUGUUAUUUGUGCAAAUCAUUCCUUUGGGCUAGUGUUAUUCUUCAGGAAUGUAAUCCAUACUCUAUUUUAUAAAGGUAGUUUAUAUGCAAAUAGAAAUACAUUCCACUUUAUGGACAUAUGUACCGUGAUACCUGAUACCUUGAGAGGACCAAUUCGUUUUGCUUUAAACAUAUAUUUUUCUCCAGUAAUGUUUAUAUAAAACGUUUGAAUUACUUUUACGAAUUUAAACACGAAUAUUGUAUUGUUGAAAAGUAUUCCCAAUGCAAAUAGAAAUGCAUUCCAUAUUCAGGACACAAAUACUCUGAUACCUUUGAGAGGACAAAAUCGUUUAGCUUAAGAAAUAUUCCAUCAGUUGUAUUUAUAUAAACGUAUGAGCAAGGUUAAUGUUACUCUUUACAAAUUUGAAAAUCAUCAGAAGAGUGUAUUGUUUCAAAUUAUUCCUUUGUGACUUUUAGAAUUUAAACGCAAAAUGCAAAAAGAAGUACAUUUCACUACAAGGACACAAUAAGCGUGAUAUAUUUGUGAGGAACAACUGGUUUGCUUUUGCAAUUAGUUGCGUUUAUUAAAGAUAUGAAUAUGUUUACAUUUAGUGUUCUUCAAAAAGCAUACAACCCGGAGAGUGUAUUGUUUAAAACUAUUCCCAUGUGGCUUUAAAGCUGCAAUCUCACAGAUUGAACGUUUUGACAUUUUUUUAUUUUUUUGUCUUGGAACGAGCCAUUUUUUGCGAAAAUCUAUGGAACCCAGUUAUAUAAGACUGCUGACAAAAAAUCAGAUCUCAGAUUUUUAUAUUUAAGUUCAAAAAUUGAUGUUUUAUGCAUUUUUCUUCAACCGUUAGUCAUUAAACAUUAAUUUUCGAACGGAAAUAUGAAAAUCCACGAUAUGAUUUUUUGUCAGCAAUCUUAUAUCUUUAGUUUGCAGAUAUUUACGAAAAAAAUGCUUAUUCCAAGACAAAAAAUGAAAACGUUGUUAAAAUGGCCAAUCUGUGAGAGUAAAUUGUUAAAAAUAAGUCCGAUAUAAGAAUGCGGCUUUAAGAAUUUAAACUGCAGCGUUUAUUGUUAAAAAUAAGUCCUACAUAAUUAUGUGGCUGUAAGAAUUUAAACCAGUGAAUAAAUUGUUUAAAAUAAGUCCUAUGUGGCUUUAAGAAUUUAAACCGGAGAAUAUUUUGUUUAAACCAUUCCUGUGUGCUAGUUUGUAAAUAUUUGUAAGCAUUUGCAACA